AUGGCGGACUUGGCCCAGGGCGCCGCCGGCAUCAUCUGCACGGGCAUCCUGCUGCUCAAUGGCCUCGCGCUCGCGUGCUGCGUGGUCGACGACGCCGGUUCGGGGCGCGCGUUCGACGUCGUGAGCUACGGAGCGAGAGGAGACGGCAGGACGGACGACACCAAGGCGUUCGCGGCCGCGUGGGCCGCGGCGUGCGGCGCCAAGGGCCUUCCGUCGAUGGUCGUGCCGGCAGGGAAGUCCUUCGUCAUCGGCCCCGUCAGCUUCCAGGGGCCCUGCACCUCCAGAAGGAUCACCGUGCAGGUCAAGGGCAAGAUUACGGCGCCGCCGGCGAGCGCAUGGAGCGGGGGCAGAAGGGCUGAGUAUUGGGUCAUGUUCUAUCGGGUGGACGGGCUCACGGUGACCGGCAAGGGCGUGCUCGACGGCAACGGCCAUAGUUGGUGGGUCAGGAGAUGCAGCGAUAUCGCUUGUGUUGAAGCUGCACCGACGGCGUUGAAGCUGGUGAAGUGCAACAACCUGGAGCUGAGCCAUUUCAGAAGCAACGACAGCCCGCAGAUGCACGUCGUUAUCAUUUCGAGCAGAACCGUCACCGUGCGGCGGCUCACCAUCACCGCGCCGGGGAACAGCCCGAACACGGACGGCAUCCAUAUCGGCCAAUGCCAGGACGUGCGGAUCGCCGAUUCAAGGAUCGGCACAGGCGACGACUGCAUCUCCAUCGGCUCCGGGAGCCGCUUCGUCACCGUCGACAACGUCAUGUGCGGGCCAGGUCACGGAGUAAGUGUUGGGAGUCUGGGCAAGAAAGGGGCAAAGGCAGCAGUGGAGUACAUCGACGUGAGAAACGUCCACUUCAUCAAUACACAGAAUGGAGCCAGGAUCAAGACGUGGGAGGGUGGGCAAGGGUACGCGAAGUCCAUCUCGUUCACCAACAUACAGUUCACCAACGUGGACCACCCCGUACUCAUCAACCAAUUCUAUCGAGACCGCGCCGUCCCAGGGGCAGUGGCAAUCAGGAACAUUACGUAUACCAACCUGAAGGGGACCUCAAGCCGGCAAACGGCAGUGGCGUUUGACUGCAGCAAGAGCGGCAGCUGCACCGAGAUCCAUGUCAAGUCCAUGAAGAUAACGGGGUCAGGUGGCGGAAAGACCGUCGCCCGCUGCCGAAACGCGCAGGGGGACGCCUCCGGAUACGUUUACCCAAAGAUCCCGUGCCUCAAAUAGUACACAGGCUUACUUGCACUGUCAUGACGUAGCAUUGCCACCUCUGCCAAGUCAGAUUCUGUUUUUCACCUGUAAAGUCGUGACGUGUCUGUUUAUGU